AGAUUUGAAAUACAUAAAAUAAUUAAUAUAAAUUUUCAGCUUAAUACAUCUGCUGAAAGUCUUGAGUCUGCUGAAUAGUCUUUCACUAUUGAUCUUAACUAAUCUGUUCAGGCUAGUCUGCUAUCGUAUAUGCGAGGAUGUUAGCCCCACGUGGACCAUGUGUCAUGCAUGCAAGGCAUAUCAUAUUUAGGUCUGCCAUAUUAUUCCCAUACGCCAAAAAUCCCACCCAGUUACAGGAGUCAUUGGGAAGGGCGAGGGCGAGGGGAAGCAGCAGCAGCAGCAGCAGUGCCUCCGCGACCUGUGCAAAGUGGGGCAGUAAAGCAGAUCCUCCGCGCCGCUUGCACCACCACAGCUCCACACACCACAGUCCUCGCCGCGCCUUCACGCCCCUGGUAAUGUCCACGCACAAAGCUGAAGAGUCUCCGACCAAGCCUCAUAACGGAAUGGCCAACGGGUUUGGACCUAAGACUCCUUUUCUCAUCGGGGUGGCCGGAGGGACCGCCUCGGGCAAGUCCACAGUGUGUAAACGCAUUAUGGAAAAGCUUGGCCAAGAUGACAUAGAACACUCUCAGCGUCGAGUUGUCUGCAUUUCCCAAGAUGCCUUUUAUAGACCCCUCAAUCCAGAAGAAAGUUCCAAGGCCCUCAAGGGUGUCUUUAACUUUGACCAUCCUGAUGCUUUUGACAAUGAACUUGUGUUGAAAACUCUUCAGCAAAUUCUAGAUGGCAAAAUCUGCAGAAUCCCAAACUAUGAUUAUGUUACCAACUCAAGAUUGGAAAGCACAACUACCAUAUACCCUGCUGAUGUUGUACUAUUUGAAGGAAUCCUCAUGUUCUACCAGCCAGAAAUAAGAAAUCUUUUCCAUAUGAAACUCUUUGUUGACUCAGAUGCUGACACAAGGUUGGCCAGAAGAGUGAUGAGAGACACAAGAGAGCGGGGCAGAGCCCUUGAAAUGGUGCUCCAUCAGUACACCAAUCUUGUCAAACCUGCUUUUGAAGAGUUCUGUCUACCAACUAAAAAGUUUGCAGAUGUUAUCAUCCCAAGAGGAGCAGAAAAUAUUGUUGCCAUUAACCUAAUAGUGCAGCAUAUCCAAGAGAUUGUCAACGACCGCUCAGGAAAUGGCUCCGGAAAUGGGAAUCAACAAAGAUCACGAUCAAACUCUGAUUCAAAAAUUCGAUAAGCAAAGCAUUAGUGCUUUGCAGCAGUCAGAUGUAGACAUAUUUUUGUAUGAUACUGAACACCAUUGUCUACCACUUGUACUUAAUGCAUAAAGGUGGAGGACAAGGGUAUGCUUGCCAAACUCAUUGUUUAUGAGGUAUUUUAGCAUUAUUAUUAUUUUUUUUAUUUAUUUUUAUUUUUUUCCUUAUUCAGUUAAUAACCUAGUAUAUAGUGGAGGUUUUUACAUAUAUUUUUUUAAUAUUUCACAUGCUCAGACCAAUAGUUCUUCCUACCUACAUUGUCUGCAGUACAAAUUAAUGGAGUUUACUGUGGGAAAAUAUGCUUAAUGAAGCAGUUCAUUAACAUGCUCUCAUACACACACACACACACACACACACACACACACACACACACACACACACACACACACACACACACACACACACACACACACACAUUCCUAUACACUGUUCACUAACUCAGUGCCACAUGGCAAACUGAGAUUUGCAUUGGUGCUCUGGUUUUCACUUAUGAGCAACCAAGUUCAUUUUCUUUGUGGAGAAUCAGAUAGGUUUUACUGAUAAGUGAACAAUUCCUGACCUCCUUGAGCAGGAAGAUCCUAUCUUCAGUGUGUGAAAGCAUCCAGACUUUCAGUCUUCUCUUAAGGUAGACUAUGGCCCGAUUUUUUAAACAUGGUGGUAGUAGUUACUAAUACCAAUGUAGCUGAUUCUUAGUACGAGUGUCAACUCGUUGGAGACACCACAGGUUCCUGUAACAAUUGUUGGUGUGUCCUCCCCCUCCCCAACAAGAAACACCAAUGAUAUUCACGAUUCAUAUGUGAUUGAAAGUUAUGUUAAAAAUAUGAUAAUAUAUCAAUAUACUUCUGUGCUAAAGGAAAAUAAUAUCUAUCAUUGUAAGGAAGAGAUUAAAGUGUUUAUGAAAUCACACGUUCAGGUGCCUUCACCUGUGUAAGUAAUGGUUCAUUUACAUUGUGCACCAACAUUGAAAUAGCUGUCAAUUUCCAUCACCUCUCCAAGAUUUGCAACAACUUCACAUAAUAAUUGCAACAUUGGAGUUUUUUUAAUACAUAAAACCUUAAAUUUUAGUUAUUCUUGUUCAGAAACAUGUUAUAUGUUCAGACUGAGCUUCAUCAAGCUUGGGCUUGCAAACAGUAGAUGGAAAAAAUUUUAUUUAUUUAACUGAAUAUAGCACAUCGUAUUGAGAAUGUAAAGCGUUGAACUGGAUUGGCAAAUAAAAACAAGAUAGGCUAUAAUACUACAGGCACAAGAGAUUGUAGGCUAUGCAGUGGCUGGCAAGUUGUUAUUAUUAGCUGGUACAUACGUACAUCUCACCAUUUUCAACAUGAAGCCAGUAUGGUAAUAUUCUAGACACCUUUCCUGUUGUUAUUACUUAUGGUUUUAGUUCCAUUCUUUUACAGACACAUUUGAAUAGUGCUUGGGGGUUACAGGAGAGGUAGCUUUUUCCCCCACUCUGUUACAUUGUACAUCUGUUCAUAUAUGUCUGGGAAAGAAUGGGACUAAAACAACUAAUAAUAAUGGUUGAAAAGGACUCUCGAGUAUUGCCACCACUUUUUUCCAGAUUAAUUUCUAUAUUCUAGUCAAUUAAUCUCAUAAUCACAAGCCCAAGACUCCAUAACCUGAUUCCAAACUAACUAUAGUAGAUGGCAACUAAGAAACAUUUCUGGUAUUGUUUUGAAAACUCUUGAAAACAAUGAUUUCAUUGCAUACAUUUGUAGCAUAUCUAGAACUCGAUCUUGUGAAUCAAGCUGAGGAGAGGUGAAUCUUCCCAGAGUUGUUCAGAGACUGGAAAAUCUGUUCACAUGCCUCUCUGAGGAGAUGCUCCCAACUGCCUGUACACUACAACUACUAAAGAUUAGAGAAUAUACAUCCCAACUACAGAUAGAAAAAUUAUAAGUGAAUAUAUAUAUAUAUAUAUAUAUAUAUAUAUAUAUAUAUAUAUAUAUAUAUAUAUAUAUAUAUAUAUAUAUAUAUUUAAACACACAGUGGAACAUCGGUAGCCAAACGCCUCCCUUUUCAAACAAAUUGGUUUUCAAACAAAAUUUUGAACUCAUUUUUGCUUCAGUUGCUGUACCAUAAUUCAGUUCUAGAACAAAGUUACUUUUCAAAUAUUAAAAGACAUAGCAAAAGCUGCCAUUUAUUACUCAUUUAUAACUUCUACAAUUAUUUACUUCAUUUUUAUAUAUUUGGAGGAGAGAGACGGUGUAAGACAGUAAUUCAAUCCUUGAAAUAAUGUAAAUGUGAUCCUGUUGAAAAGCCUCGAUGUAAACUAACAGUUUUUGGGGCUCAGGAAUAAUCCUGAGCUACCUGUGGCUCUCUCAAUGACCCCCAACACCAUCACUAUUGCACAACUGCAUUUUUCCAGUAGCUUUUCCCAGCAGCAAGAUGUCUAAGUGUUAUGAUCACCUUCAUUUUGGUGGUGAGUUGCUUCUGUGUCCCUCUGUAAGGCUUCCUUCACAAGAUCAGUGACAAAAAGAAUAUAUAUAUGUUCUAAACAGUACCUUCUGAUGAGUUUUGUCAGUAAGUUCAUUCAGUACAUCCUUUUUGGAUAAAUAAUUUGUGAGAUGGAGGUGUGAAGCAGUCAUCUUGGCUGUGGGAGCAUCUAUCACAAGCCACUAUGAAAGUGUAGAGUGCAGUCUGGGAAUGGAUUAAUCCACUUGCAUAGUUUUGGUUUUCAAACUUUUCAGAUUCUGAAUGGUAUUCAGGAAUUAACGAAGUUCUAGAACUGAGGUUCCACUGUAUAUAUAUAUAUAUAUAUAUAUAUAUAUAUAUAUAUAUAUAUAUAUAUAUAUAUAUAUAUAUAUAUAUAUAUAUAUAUAUAUAUAUAUAUAUAUAUAUAUAUAUAUAUAUAUAUAUAUAUAUAUAUAUAUAUAUAUAUGCAAAUGCAGUGUUCAGUGUAGACUGAUUAGACAGGAAAACUGUAAAGCAUUGAUCAGCUGAUUGCUUUGGCAGACACAUGAAAUACUUCAGAACUGCCAGCUUGUGCAAAGAGUGCUGUUGGUGUUGGGUUCUCCUAACACCACAUCAUGUCUCCUUUCCCAAGUUUAAAAAUGCAUUUGACGUGAGGCAUGGUGUUGGGAUUUACUAACGCCAAUGUCAAAAAAAUCAGGCCUAUAUGAGGUUUAUACUCUCAUCAGUAUGGUACAGCUAGUGGUCACUGUUCCAUCAUGUGAUCCUCAAGAUCAUGAUGAACUUCCCCCUUCCCACCCACCCACCCACCAACACACACACACACACACACACACACACACACACACACACACACUCUGUUUUUGUUUUAUAACAAAGUAGCAAGAAAAUGUGAUGCACAAUCUAUCAAUCUUGUUCUUAAGAAAACCACGUUCUAUUGCUAGAACAAUAUUUUCAGGCCUUUGGUAUAACAGUCUGCACACUUCUAUGAUAAACAGCAACUUGCCUUCACAGAAAUUAAUCUUUAUUAUAUUUUUAUAUUAUAAAUUUUCUAUAAUUUCUUUUGGAAAACCUCCGGGAUACCAGACACAUCAGAAUUUUAAAUUCUCGUGUGUUGAAUAGCAUAUACACAGGUUUUGUAGGUAUUUUAAUGCUGCUAGGAAGUGUAAUAUGGUUUACAAUUAUGUAUAUAUCUUGACUUGCCAUCUAAGUAUUUGAUAGUCUUUGAUAUUGAUGUUGCAUGUAAAUGAGACCUUAGAGAAAUAUUUGACAAUUAGGCAGUAUAAAUAUCAGCAAGACAUCUGCCUAUAUUAUGAGGAGCUAAAGCCUAAGUAUUCUAGAUAUGGAAAUUACAAGACACAUGUUCUGGUCUUACCAGUGCCUGGCCAUUUUGUUGCAUAUCAUUGAAUUAUUUUGAAAAGUCCUCAUACAUAGCAGCCAACAGACCAUUUAGUUGGUUAUUUCUGUGCUGCCUGUAACUCACCACCCACUUCAUUGGGUAUUGCUAUUUUGCUUGUAACCCUUAACGUGUUCAUAUUUGACCAAUGAGCCACAGCCAUUCUUCCAUAUAUAUAUAUAUAUAUAUAUAUAUAUAUAUAUAUAUAUAUAUAUAUAUAUAUAUAUAUAUAUAUAUAUAUAUAUAUAUAUAUAUAUAUAUAAACACUCACCUCAUUGAAGCCUUCAGGGAACAGUGACUUCAUGCUCAAGCCAAAUAUUAGCAAUGGUUUGCAUUUCUACUUGAGUAGUAUUUUGGUUUACUGUUAAGGAGGAGGAACAUUUCCUUCUCUUACUAAGACACUCCAGGAAAAAAAACUUCACAUGUGAGUUAUCACCACCGUCUCCUUGGUAAUCAAUAACUAGGGUUUACUUAAUAUUGCAGUCAUAAAUAUUUCUGAAGAUUACAGGAAAGUUUUUCAUCCAGUAUUCAUCAUUGUUAUAAAGACGUACUAUACAGUAAUAUGAACAAUUUCAAGGUAACAUGGAUCCUAAAAUUGUACCAUUCAAACAUAUAUUUGUGCCAGCAUAGGCUAUGCUUUUCCACUGGGUAGCAACCUAGCAGGAUGUGUAAGCCAUAAUGUACUGAAAAAUAUUUCAGGAAUCCAUAAUGCUGAGAUUCAUUUGAAUCUCAGCAUUAUGUGAAAAAAAUAUUUACCUUAGAAAUGAAAAAGCAUAUUUUUUAUGCAAGAAAAUGCAAAAUAUGUAGCAGAUCUAAGUGAUGCACAUCUUGGUCUUCAGCUGCCAAGUUGCCAUAUUCCCUACAUCAAUUGUUCAGCCACUACUGGUUUUUGUAUUGCUGCAUCACUUGAAUAUUAGAACUUGUCACCUCACUGGUGUUUAAAUGAGUGAUAAGUAGCUGUGAGAUGCCAUAUGUCAGACAACUCCCUCCUUAAAUGGUGUUUAUUACACCAUUGAUUUAUCAUUAUAAAUCAACUUUGUAUCCUUGUUUUCAGUAAAUGUAUGGCACAUUCUCUCUCUCUCUCUCUCUCUCUCUCUCUCUCUCUCUCUCUCUCUCUCUCUCUCUCUCUCUCUCUCUCUCUCUCUCUCUCUCUCUCUCUCUCUCUCUCUCUCUCUCUCUCUCUCUCUCUCUCUCUCUCUCUCUCUCUCGACUAAUACUAGAAAGUGGAAAGUGAUACAUACAUUAUGUAUUCUAAUGGUGUAUCAUUGAUAUUACCUCACUUGUGAUUGCCUUUAACAAAACAGUUCCAAAUGAAUCUCAGCAUUAUGAAUAUUUACUAAUAAAAUAAGCUGUAAUAAAUGUGGAGCAAGACGGUCAGUCUUAUCCUGAGAAUUCCUGUGCUGCAGUUAUCACCCUCUCACCUUAAACCAUUAUCCAUGAGACAGUAUAGUGAAAAAAAUAUUUACCUUAGAAAUUAAAAAGCAUAUUUUCAUGCAAGAAAGUGCAAAAUACGUAGCAGAUCUAAGUUGUGCACAUCUUGGUCUUCAGCUGCCAAGUUGCCAUAUUCCUUACAUCAGUUGUUCAGCCACUACUGGUUGUUGUAUUGCUGCAUCACUUGAAUAUUAGAACUUGUCACCUCAUAGGUGUUUAAAUGAGUGAUAAGUAGCUGUGAGAUGCCAUCAAGCAACUUGUGGGAGUGCUUGGGGAGCUGUGACAGAAGUUGGUCAGCCAGUGGUGAUGCAUCAUUGGGUUGCAUGUUUUGUGCUUCCUCCACCAUAUAGUGCAUGACAAUAUUUCAAGGAGGAAAGUAUUUUUCAGUAAAGUUUUGCUGUACAUUGAAUUUAGCUGACUGGUUUUCUCAAGAAAUUGCAUAUUGACUGGAGGUUCUUUUCCCCAUGUAAAUAAGAAAAAAAAAUGCAGUUUUGCCAAAAAAAAGCUAUUUUAUUUAUUUGAAAUGAGUAAAUCUGCCUGGAAUAAAAAUUUCAUCUUUAAAGUAGCAUGAUUAAGUUUAUUUUAAAGUCUGCAGUAUGGGAUAGCUUAUAUAGUGUUGGUUAUGAGCCUGUAAUAAAUUAGCCAUGUCUUUUCAUAGACAUCCAACCCUUCAGGAAGUAAACAUUUCACACAGGGAAGCCACAGAAGGCUUGACUUCUGAUCUUUGUAAAAUUUCUGAUUGGGGCAGAGCAAACUUGGUAUUGUUCAAUGCCUUUAAAACUAAAUUCCUCCAUCUAUCAACUCGACACAACCUUCCAGACAACUAUCCCCUCUUCUUCAUUGACACUCAACUGCCCCCCUCUUCUACACUGAACAUCCUCAGUCUGUCCUUUACUUAUAAUCUGAACUGGAAACUUCACAUCUCUUCUCUAUCUAAAACAGCUUCUUUGAAGUUAGGUGUUCUGAGACAUCUCCGCCAGUUUUUCUCACCUCCCCAGCUGCUAACUCUGUACAAGGGCCUUAUCCAUCCAUGUAUGGAGUAUGCUUGACAUGUCUGGGGGAGUUCCACUCAUAUUGCUCUUCUAGACAGGGUGGAAUCAAAAGCUUCUCGUCUCAUCAACUCCUCUCCUCUAACCGACUGUCUUCAGCCUCUCUCUCAUUGCCGCAAUGUUGCAUCUCCAGCUGUCUUCUGCUGCUAUUUUCAUGCUAACUGCUCUUCUAAUCUUGCUAACUGCAUGCCUCCCCUCCUCCCAUGGCCUUGCUGCACAAGACUUUCUUCUUUCUCUCACCCCUAUUCUGUCCACCUCUCUAACGCAAGAGUUAGCCAGUAUUCUCAAUCAUUCAUCCCUUUCUCUGGUAAACUCUGGAACUCCCUGCCUGCUUCUGUAUUUCCACCUUCCUAUGACUUGAAUUCCUUCAAGAGGGAGUUUCAAGACACUUAUCCUUCAAUUUUUGACUAUCGCUUUGGACCCUUCUAUGGGACUGGCAUUUCAGUGGGCAUUUUUUUUUAUAUUGGAUUUUUGUUGCCCUUGGCCAGUGUCCCUCCUAUAUAAAAAAAAAAAAAUACACUAUAAUAUACAAGUAUUAUAAAGGUGAGGUCCUAUAAAGGAAUAGAUUUGUUAAAGUGGUUCAUCACUGUACUUUGUGCUUUCUGUUUGUAGUGGACUGGUUGAUAGUCUUUUUUCUUUUUUUUCUUUUUUUUUUAUGUUAAAAAAUUAUUCAGCUUUAUAUUGUACUGAAUUUUCUUGCAAUAUGAUUGAUUUGAUAGACCGAAGUGUGCUGAGAAAAAAAAAACCCUUAAAAUUCCAGGAAAAUAAACAGACAGCAGCUUGUGGGUGGAGCAGUUGUGAUGUCAUAAACUAGGUCCAGCUACUGUCACCUGGUAUAGGGUAGACUAUAAGAGGGAAUCAUAUGAAUUUAUAAGCAUUGCUGGCAUUAGUGUUUCAUUCCACAAUCUGAGGACACAAGAAUGACCGCACCAGAAAAAAAAAAAAAGGGUUGCCUAAAGACAAAAAUAUAAGGAAGCUGUGGUGGCACACAGCAUCCUGUUGCCAUGGGCAUCUCAUUUUGCUGUCUAGAUUAAUAUGAGUAAUAUUAAUUGUUAUAUUAUGUUGGGGGUGCAAUUUAGCCAAGUAUAACCAAAUAAAUAUCAUAAUAAA